UUCCUUCCUCUUUAUAAGGACACACUUCUGAGAAAGCGCACAUUUCGGGGACCCACUUGAUUGGCUGGGUUCUUGGUUGCCUGUCUCUUGUACCUGCAGAUAUCAUUUCCGGUGAGGGCAGGGGCGGGCCAGCCUCACUCUUUCCUCUGGAGGACCAGCCCUCUAGGGUCUCCGAGGAACAAUGGAAGUCUUGGGGUUUCUCAGCCCGGAACUGAAUGGCCCAAUGGUGACGAUGGCCUUGGCAGUUGUCCUCCUGGCCCUCCUGAAGUGGUCCACGUGGCACCUCAGAAUGCAGCCUUAAUUGGACAUAGUGUCUGGGCGGAGGCAACCAGGUCAAUACGAGUUCAUGCUGAAUCGAACUGAUGUCUUCAUAAGAGGGAACUGGGAUCCAGAGACGCACAGAGCGAAGAUGAUACGAAAACACACAGGAUCCUCACGGGAACGCCAAGACUUGCUCGCGACCGCCAGAAGCUGAGACGAACCGGGCAGGGUCUUCCCUCGGAGCCUCGAAGUGAACACCCAUAUCCUGAUUGCCGACCUCCAGCCUCCAGGACUGUGAGAGAAUCAACAGCUGUUGCUGUGAGCCCCCGGUACUCCACAUCGGCAUUUUCAAGACUAGAGAAGCUGGGCAUCAGGCAUCCCAAGCCUUCUCCUUUUAUUGGCAACUUGACAUUUUUCCGCCAGGGUUUCUGGGAAAGCCACAUGGAGCUCAGAAAGCAGUAUGGACCUCUGAGUGGGUACUAUCUUGGUCGCCGGAUGAUUGUCGUCAUCUCUGACCCAGACAUGAUCAAGCAGGUGUUGGCUGAGAAGUUCAGCAACUUUACCAACAGAAUGGCCACAGGAUUGGAAUCCAAGCCGGUAGCUGACAGCAUCCUGUUUUUACGUGACAAAAGAUGGGAGGAGGUCCGAAGUGUCCUGACUUCUGCUUUCAGUCCUAAAAAGUUGAAUAAGCUGACUCCUCUCAUCAGCCAAGCCUGUGACCUGCUCCUGGCUCACCUAGAGCGCUAUGCGGAAUCCGGGGAUGCCUUCGACAUCCAGAGGUGCUACUGCUGCUACACCACUGAUGUGGUUGCCAGCGUUGCCUUCGGCACCCAGGUGAACUCCAGCGAGGAGCCUGAGCACCCCUUUGUGAAGCACUGCCGGCGCUUCUUUGCAUUCUCCGUCCCCAGACUUAUUCUCGUUUUAAUCCUAUCAUUUCCAUCCAUAAUGGUCCCACUGGCCCGGAUUUUGCCCAAUAAGAAGCGAGAUGAAGUGAAUGGCUUUUUUAACAAACUCAUUAGGAAUGUGAUUGCCUUGCGGGACCAGCAAGCAGCAGAAGAGAGGCGGCAAGAUUUCCUCCAAAUGGUUCUGGAUUUGCGACAUUCCGCCCCCUCCGUGGGCGUGGAGAACUUUGACAUUGUCCGUCAAGCCUUCUCCUCUGCCAAAGGGUGCCCAGCCGACCCUUCCCAGCCACACCUGCCCAGACCUCUGUCCAAGCCUCUGACGGUGGACGAGGUGGUGGGCCAGGCCUUCCUCUUCCUCAUCGCUGGCUACGAGAUUAUCACCAACACCCUGUCCUUCGUCACCUACCUCCUGGCCACCAACCCUGACUGUCAAGAGAAACUUCUGAGAGAGGUGGACGAUUUCAGCAAGAAACACCCGAGCCCUGAGCAUUGCAGCCUCCAACAAGGCCUGCCCUACCUGGACAUGGUGCUCUCGGAGACCCUGAGGAUGUACCCACCCGCUUUCAGGUUCACACGGGAGGCGGCACGGGACUGUGAGGUGCUGGGGCAGCGCAUCCCCGCGGGCACAGUGCUGGAGGUGGCCGUGGGCGCCCUGCACCAUGACCCCAAGCACUGGCCACACCCCGAGACCUUCGACCCUGAGAGGUUCACGGCUGAGGCCCAGCGGCUCCAGCAGCCCUUCACGUACCUGCCGUUUGGGGCGGGCCCCCGGAGCUGUCUCGGGGUGCAGCUGGGGCUCCUGGAGAUCAAGCUGACACUGCUCCACAUUCUGCGCAAGUUCCGCUUUGAAGCCUGUCCUGAGACUCAGGUGCCACUGCAGCUAGAAUCCAAGUCGGCCCUGAGUCCAAAAAAUGGCGUCUACAUCAGGAUUGUCCCUCGCUGACCCAGUCAAGUGUUACAACACCAACCCUCACUCGAGAAAACCCUCCUGAGGAAAUUUGGAUAUUUGGAAAAAUAUCACCAAAGUGACUGAAAGGAUGCCUGGCAUGCAUAAAAGUAGAAAAGAAGCUAUUUCCGUAAUAUUCCUACAUGCUUAAUAAACCUUCACUGCACUUAG